UACUCGGUAGACCUUUUUUUCUACGCGUUGAAAUGUACGCUGUCAGUAGCUGAAUCAGGCUUGUCACAAAAAGCGACCAUAUAGCAUCUGAUGUCUUUGUUUAGCUAACGUUGGGUAGCUUUACUUAACGUUACGUCGGUUAACGGACGUGUUUCUAAUGAUUCGACGUCACAAGACGACCAUCUUCACAGAUGCCAAAGAGUCCACCACAGUCUACGAACUGAAGCGUAUUGUGGAAGGAAUCUUAAAGAGGCCACCUGAAGAACAGAGGCUUUAUAAGGAUGACGUGCUGCUUAACGACAGUCAAACUCUUGGAAAUUGUGGCUUCACAAAUCAAACAGCCCGACCCCAGGCCCCGGCCACAGUGGGAUUAGCUUUCCGUCAGAGCGAUGAUUCAUUCGAGCAGCUGAGGAUCGAGCCCUUCUCCACUCCCCCAGAGCUCCCUGACGUCAUGAAGCCCCAGGACUCGGGCAGCACAGCCAACGAACAGGCUGUACAGUGAGAGAGAGACAGAAAGAGA